AUGGUGGCGAAAAAGAGGUGUGUUGGUGAUCUUAAAGAGGCUGAUUUACGAGGAAAGAAAGUACUUGUUAGGGUUGAUUUAGAUGUUCCAUUGGAUGACAAUUUGAACAUUACUGAUGAUACUAAGCUAAAAGCUGCUCUUCCUACUAUUCAAUACUUGAUUCGUCAUGGAGCCAAAGUUAUUCUCGCUAGUCAUAUUGGGAACCCACGGGGCGUUAUGCCUAGUUUCAGCUUGAAGCCUCUUGUGCAUGCAUUGAGUGAGCUAAUGCAUAACAAUGUGAGUUUUGUCAAUGAUUGUAUAGGGGAGGAAGUUUUUAAAUCUGUUGCUGCAAUUCCUGAUGGAGGUGUUCUACUCCUGGAGAAUUUGAGGUUUUACCCAGAGGAAGAGAAGAAUGACCUCGAUUUUGCGAAAAAGCUAGCGUCUCUGGCCGAUCUGUAUGUCAAUGAUGCAUUUCGAAAUGCUCACAUAGCUCAUGCUUCCACAGAGGGGCUAACUAGGUUCUUAUCGCCUUGUGUGGCUGGAUUCCUUAUGCGAAAGGAACUUCAUUAUCUUGUUGGAGUUCUUCAAAGUCCCAAGAGGCCAUUUGUUGCCAUUGUUUCUGGUUCAAAGCUCUCAUCUGAGGUAGAAGUUGUUAAGUUCAUGAUGGAGAAAGCUGAUGUUCUCAUUGUAGGUGGAAGUAUGGUUUUCACAUUUCACAGGGCUCAAAACUUAUCUGUCGGAGCAUCCCUUGUGGAGGAAGACAAGGUUGGCCUUGCCAAAUCAUUUCUUCGCAAGUCCCUGGGGGUCAACAAGAGAGUGCAGUUGGUAUUGCCAAUCGAUUUUAUUGUUGCUGACAAAUUUGCUCCUGAUGCAAACAGCAAGAGAGUAGGAAUGCUUGCAAUCCCAGGAGGUUGGAUGGGAUUGGAUAUUGGUAUGAAUUCUAUUAAUACAAUUAACAGAAAACUCGACAGCGCAAAGACUGUCGUGUGGUAUGGAUCUAUGGGAGUGUUUGGGAUGAAGAAAUUCAGUGACGGAGCACAGGAAAUUGCCAAGAAGCUGGCAGAGAUUAGUGGGAAGGGAGCAAAAACCAUCAUUGGAGGUGAUGACUUAAUUGCAGAUGUGGAGGAAGUAGGUCUGGAAGAGAAGAUGAAUCACAUCUCAACUCAAAACAAAGCUGGUCAUGUGAGGGACUACACUGUAAUAAUAGCAAUGACAAAGCUUUUGCAUGGAUAUAGUUUUCACAAAAUUAGUUAA